AUGCGGAAGAAGAAGAAGAAGAAGAAGCAGAGAGCGGCUGAAGCACGGACGCCCACAGCCAGCAGAGGAGGGCCCUGUUCACGGGGGUCCCGCCCAGACCAGGGGGGUCCUCCGGAGGCUCUGGGCUGCAAGUGCGGGGCCUCUGCUGCCCCCUCCAGCAGAGGCCCCGCACCGGGAGGCUGGCCAGCAGGGGGACGCCACACGGCGGAGAGGGGGGAGGGGCGAGGCCGGAGACCAGAGGAAGACCAGCGUCCAGGUCCAGGACCGGGAGCAGACCAGAAGGUGGAGGAGCGCCUGCUGUGGGCCAACCCAGAGAACCAGUCAGGGAAGCAGCAGGGACUCCGGCAGCCCCCCGCGGCCAGAGGAGGCCGCCUCGCCGCGCUCAUCCCACGGACGCCGAGGUUUCGCAACUCCAUCUGUAUCUGCCCUCGCCGCUCUGCGAUGAAGAGGAGGAGGAGGAGGAGGAAGCCGACGGCGGAGACGAGCCCCUCGAGGUGCGAGUUCUUCGGGGCGCGGCGGCCAUCUGCGUCCUCGGGUCCUCGGCUCACGUCUCCCACGUCACAUCUGGUUUCCGCCCUCCUCAACUCGAUCUGGACCGUGGCCCCAACAACGGGGCCCCGAAGUGAUGUCAGAGGGAAGAUAUGUUCCCAAGCAAUGAGAACCACUGAGUGCAUAAUGCCUGACCACUGGGGCCACAGGGGCCAGGAAGGAGGGGCCACUACUCUGUCCUGACCACGGGGGCCACAGGGGCCAGGAAGGAGGGGCCACUACUCUGUCCUGACCACUGGGGCCACAGGGGCCAGGAAGGAGGGGCCGCUGCACAGAUCCAGAUUUAAACGUCAAACAGAUCAAAAGACUCUUUACGUUAUGAGAAUAAUGAACUCGUCUAAAACACUAAACAUCAAACACUGUUUCAUCUUUAAGGUGAAACAUUGUCAUCAUGUUGAGUCAUUUAUAGGAGACACGGUGUUUUAUACAUGCCACUGAAAUCAAUAAGGCCCCAAAUAUGGACACAGGUAACAGGUGAUAUGUAACUCACAGGUGUUACGUAACACCAGUGAUGAACUGUUCGAUCAUGUCGGGAACACAUUAAAAUAUUAUUAAAAGUAUACAUGUGUGCUCUA